AUGGCCAACGUUUCACCGAACCCUGCCCGCAAUGAGUUCUUCCAACAGCUCAAACCCUGCUGCGUGUCCAUAAGCCGGAUAGCGAUUGAUCCACCAAAGGGAGCCACAGCAAUUCGCCAGCUUGUCGACCUGACGGAAGAGCUUCACGGCAUUAUCAGUACCCAAAUCAACCGUGAUGCCUCCGUUUUUGACGACAAGCUGGCCGAUUAUAUCUUCUUUCCCCUGUCCCACGUUUUCAGAAACCAGGAGGGCUAUCCUGCCCGUCUCUUGGAGGCUGCCCUCAGGUGUCUUACCGCCAUCACUGUUCACGGCUGGAAGGGCAGCAUCUCCCCCCAGAUCGUCGAGCAGCUUCUCAUCCUGCUGACUUUUAUUGUUGGGGGGGCACCUGGACAGAACGACCAGCAUAAACCUCCAGAAGAGACGACACUGGAAGCUCUCAGGGCACUGACAGCCUUGAUCACGGCGGCAGGCUCUUCUGCCGCAGCCGCCGCGUCCCUCGUCGAUGCCAAAACCAUCCCGGCACUGGGACAUGGCGUCACGGUGGUCAUUGACAGUGUAGCCAGCGGAAGAACACCAGAAAUCCAGCUGGAAUCAUUGCGAGCGCUCCAGGCGGUAUUCGGUAGCAUCAAAGACCACGCCGCGCUGGCCACCCUGUUACCGGGUGUCGUCUCGGCCCUCACCAAGCUCCUGUCCAUGCCAGCCCACGAGAAGACGCGGGUACUCGCGGCAGCCAUCACGACCUUGAGGCUAGUCCUUGUUGCCGUUCUCGGUGAUAUGAAAACGAGAGCCAUCAGCAGAGAAACUGCCGCAAACUCUGAAGCUGACAACCAGAAAGUGCUGAGUCGGCCAUGGCUGAACGCAACCGUUGCUCAAAUCAAGCUGGCUCUGGCCUCCGUCGUGAAGCUUCGCAACAGCAAGGCCCAUGAGGUCCGUGAUGCACUCGCAAACUUGUCCCUGACGCUCCUCGAUGAGUGCCACACGACCCUAGAAAACUGCAGUUCCAUUCUGGUCGAAUCAGCCACCAUGUUGGAGCCCGAAGAAGACGCACCAUCCACCCUCACCACCAGCCUACAGGACUUGGCGACCAUCUAUCCUGAACUAGCGGAAGUAAUCAAGGUCACAGUAUAUAACUGGCUGACCGCCCUGCCGCGAAUCAUGCAGUCGGCCGAAGAAGAGAAGAAGCAGGCCGCGAUUCGCAAUGUUUUGAAGGGCACCGAGUUGGUGACACGUUUGCAACUGGAUUCUUCCACGCUCAGUGACGCCGUGUCUAUGGCCCUGCGAGACAGUGUGUCCUCCCUCCUGGCUGGCGACGGCCAGAAGCAGGUGGUUCAGUCUGUGUCGUCGAGUCUCGUCCCACUUUCAGGGAAAGAUCUCACCCGGGCCGAUAGUACUGCAGCGGACUACAGCCUGAUAGUCCUGGGCCAUGAGAGUCAGAUGACCACAAGAUCUGAAUUGUUGAGGUUGAUCUCCAAAGUCGGAUCUGCGUCUCAACAAGUGAAGCUGUCGCUCGAUAUGCUGGACUACUCGCAAGAACUGACAGACGCAUCUCAAGUCUCUUCCCUCUGGCUGUCCUUCGAGCUUGUCAAAGCUGCAUUUACUCGAACUUCUGACGUUGAUGAUUAUCUUGACCUGUCAUCGGUAACCACAGAGUCGGAAGAUCCCGAGACGGCCCUGCGCGAGCUUUAUGCCUUCUCUGUGUCACUCAUAGACGCUAGCAUGGAAAACACAGAUGUCGAUUGGCGACUUGAGGCCGUGGCUCUUGAGGUAGUGGCCUACGCAGCAUCUCGCUCGAGGGAAGCAUUCCGACCCGAGCUCAUCGAUGUCUUUCUCUUUGCCGUUCUCAAGGAAGUUGUUGAGCAGGGCGUCAGAUCUGACAGACUCCUCCUCGAGGGUCGCCAAAACGGCUCAUCGGACCACAUGAAGCGGCGGCCCAGACCGACCGACAUCGAUGACAUUAUCGCCUACCUCGAUCGGCGCGCUGAACGGAAGAAACUACAACAACAAGAUGAAGAGAACAGCACGGUUUACGGCCACCCUCCUCGACCUUGGGGCCCUGAAAAUGAGAAGCAGGAAGACGAUGACGAAGCCGGCGGCGGCGAAGUCGAACAGGAGAGGCCCCCAAAGACUCCAACGUAUAUCCUCCUGGAGAAGGUAGCAACACUAACACAGCACUAUCUGACCUCCCCGACCCCAACCCUCCGCAAGUCGCUCCUCGACCUCCUCAUCACAGUCGCGCCGGCUCUCGCCGCCGACGAAGACUCAUUUCUGCCCCUCAUCAACACCGUCUGGCCCGUCGUAGUCGCCCGCCUGUAUGACGCCGAAUCUUUCAUCGUCAUCGCCACAUGCGACACCCUCGCCAUCCUGUGUGCUACGGCGGGUGACUUCCUCGCGUCCCGCAUCAAGACGGAGUGGUCGGAUGCUCUCCACAAGUGGUGUCAAAAAAAGAAACAAGAGGCUCUCGACAACCAGUCUCGCCAGGGCCACGGCCAGGGCCAGGUCCGCGGAAAGGCCGCCCUUCUCCACGACGUCACGCGCAUUCACGACGUCGUCGUACCAGCCCGUGCAGGUGGCACGCGUGAGAUGAAGACUACAGUUACGAAAGACAUUUCGCGGUCUUCGCCAUCCUCAGGCGGCGGUCUGGGCCGUUUUGCGUCGGCGGCACAGACGUGGGAGGCUGUGGUUCGGCUACUCAUCGCCAUUGUACGUCACGUGCGGAUCGAGGAUGAAAUUUACGACGGCGUGCUGGCGCUGCUGGCGGAUCGACUGGAGCACGACAACGAUGCACGCGAGGCGCUCGAGGUCAUCAAUGCUGAUGCGGUUUGGUUCUGUCUGUAUGAGAGGGGAGCUGUGGAGAUCCUUCCCACGCCAGUGAUGGAGGGCGUGACCUUCCCUGACAUGGUUCAGUACGGCUCCCGAGCCUGA